AGCUUUUUUAAGUGCUUUGAAGCUGCACAAUAAGAUGGUGGCGAUAGUAUCUAAAUCUCUAAAAAACAUUUAUAUAAACCUAUAAAAUCACACUGUAGUGGGUAGCUAUGUCUUUUUACUAAAAGAAAUAAAUCGAUGAUGUACUGUUUAGUAAAACGAUAUGCCCUCAUUUGGAUCCUGUUGUCAUCAAGUCAAUAUCAAUGUGGAAUGCUUUAUUGCGAUUCAGUCGAAGAAGGAUCACUGGCAAUAUUACAAAUUCCAACAAAUUUUUCAACAAUCUACAGCAAUAGUCAAAUGUAUAUGAAUGAUAGACUCAAAUGCAUAUGCCAUAGUAACAUAAGGCAAUGUGAUUUAAUUGAGAAUUCUGGUUUAACAUGCAACUGGGACGAUGUAACUAACAUUAUAACAGUAACAGAAACAAAUAUCACGAGAUCGUCGAACAAUGAUACAAAAGAAUGUUGGAAUAUUAGGAGGUAUUCUCCAACAAGUACUGACCAGUGUUGUUUUCAAAUAUUUAGUAAAGCUGAAAACCUGACUUGUGUAUCAAGAUCUAAAGAGAGCGUUAAUGUUUCUUGCACGGCAACGAAAAUUUUUCCAGAGGCAAGUUGUUUGUUUACUAUAAGCCGCAAUACUCAUCAGGCGAAAAAUACGAUUAUAUAUGCAUCCAACUCCAAAUACUGGCCAACUAAUUCAUCGGAUGACUUAUUUUAUUACAAGGCUACUUGUGAGUUUUAUCGGGAUAUUACAUUGGAAACAGUUGGCAGUUAUAAAGUACAGGUGUCAAUGUAUCCAAACAUUAACAAUAAAACCAGCAGUGAUAAAAUAUAUGGAGUCAAUAAAACUUUAAAUAUCAAAUUUGAAAGUCCAUCAAUCGAAUUCCCAAACUGUGUUGAAAAUGUUGAAGAAGACGUCAUUGCAAACUGCUCAUGUAAAAUUAAAGGCUUGGGGUCAGAAAGCGCCACUUACAGUUGGUUGAAUACCAGCGGUCAUGUUUUACUCUCUAACACCUCUCUCCUGACAUACGUAGCUACUGGAUACAACACAGCUUUUCUUUGUAUAGCCAGAAGUGAGAAGUUCAAUUUUACUAUUAGCGAGGUCUAUAACGUAACUCUCAUUACCACAUACACCACAACAAGAUCAACUACAACAUCAUCAGGCACAUACGUGUCAAUAGGAAUCACAAUUGUUGCCAUUAUCUCAUUAUUUUCAAUCACUGUUUUGGUGUUUCGCUUCGGAAAAUGUAGGUCAAGGCACGGAAUUGCAAACACAAAGAUUAAUGAGGAAAAGUUUUCAGAGCUAUUUUUUGCUACAGAAGAUUUUAAUAAUGAAGAUAUUUACACAGUGGAAACAAACGUGAAUAGAAAACCUCCAAGAUCUAAAUUAACCUACGUGCCCUUGUCGAGGACUGAGAAUGCUACAACAGUUCCACUAAAAGUACAAAGUGACGAACACACGUAUUCAAGGAUUUCAUACACAGAAACAGGUCAUUACCACACAAUAGAAAGAUUGUCUACAUCAACAAUAGCAUCCACUAUAGAUGGAAUAGCAAAAACAUGUUCAAGGUUUCAAUUGCAAAGCUCAGUUUCUGCUCAGUCCAGCAUUAAAGUCUCAGCGUCACAAGGUGAUUAUAGUGUUGCUAAAGUCCAUGGAGACGUCAACGAUUAUGAAACUAUUACAUAACUGUUAUAUGUAUCUCUUUUCAUAUUAGUGUUUUAAACUAUUUAUACAAUAAAUGUGUGAUUUGUGCUUUAAUUGUUUUAGAUAGAAAUAGAAGGAGUGCUUUCAACAGUGUUUGCAACGAAAAAGAAACCCUGAGAAGUUAAACAGUCGCUAAU